AUUUUAAAAAGUGUUUGACGUGGUUUGAUAUGUAAUACUAAUAUACCUAAAAUUCAAUUAUUGUUUAGAAAAAUGGCAUUGGUAGUAUAUAACCCACCUUUACUAAAAGAAUUCCAUGAUUCUGAACGAACUUUUAAUUUUUCUGGUUUGCAGCCCAUCACCAUUUGUCAAGACUGGGGUAAUAAUGGAGUUGCUGCAGUGGUGUGGGAGGCUGCUAUAGUCUUAGCUUCAUAUUUGUUAAACAUGUCUUCUGAUAUCAAAGGCAGAAAUGUCCUUGAAUUAGGAGCUGGUACUGGUCUGACAGGAAUUGUUGUUGCUUUGUUAAAUGCAAAUGUGACAUUAACUGACCAAUUUGAGGCAUUAGAACCACUUUAUAUUAACACAAAGAAAAAUUUAAACUCUAACUUGCAUUUUUAUCAAGUCAAAGAGCUCAGCUGGGGAGAGAAGUUAAAAACAGCUUGGGCACAUGAAUCAUAUGAUUACAUUAUUGGGGCAGAUCUAGUGUAUAUAGAAUCUGCACUGCCUGCCUUAGUGGCUACGUUUGAACAUUUUAUGGAGAUAAAUAGAAAUUUAAUAAUAAUUUUGGCUGGAAAAGUAAGGUAUACACAUAAGUAUGAGAAGUUUAAAAAACUAUUGCAAAUUUCUUUUGUCAGCUCUGAAGUAUUUAUAAACGAAGAUAAUGUGUAUAUUUUAAGGAUUGUUUGCAAAAAAAAAUAAUUUUUUAUGUUAGAAAUUUAUUUAUAAAUUUAUUUAGAAUAAAUAGUAAAAGAUUUGAAUGGAAUAAUGAUGAUUAUUUAAUGGUGUAAAAGUGAAUUUAUUUAAUAGGCCUUUUAUGGAAUUUUCUUAUUAGGAAGGGGGACUAGUACUAAGUCUAUUAUAGGUCACUUCUUGGUCACUGUAAUAUAGAUAUGGUCAGCUACAUAUUGUACAUUUUUUUCUAAAGAUACUGCUAAUACUGUUCAGCCUGCCAUUAAAUUUACCUGAUAUAUUAUCUAUAUUUUCUAAUAUAGAUAAUAUAUCAGGUAAGUUCUAAGGUAAGUUGUGGUGUGACAUGUUUUGAUUUUGCAUCAAAAAUAAGGGACAUGUGCAUGCAUCAGUACAGGCAAAAAAUAUAAACAACAGACCACAACAAUCAAAGAUUUCAAGUGAAAGAAAGACUGACAUUAAAGUUACAUACUUUAGCGUCAUUCUGCUCUUUGUCAGAGAAGAUAAUAGAUAAUUCCAAUUUUUUCUCAAUCCUAUUUUUCUGCAAAUCUAUAAGUUAGCGUAAAUAGCCAUUUUAGCCUAUGCAGUACAUCUUUUCUUCUG